GACAUUGAAAAUAUUUACAAGUUUAAUUAAAAUUUAAGAAGUCUUCCAACCAACGAUGGCUCGAAAGAAUGUCUCAAACAUGCCGCGAGCUGACUCGGCUGUUCCCCCGAAGCAAAAAUCUCGACGAGGACAAACUCUGCGGGCAGUGAAACCGAGAAGAACUGGGAAUAAAACUAAAAUAGGAUCCGAAGCGAUCAACACAGUACCCAUGGGACAAGGACCAGUUAUGAGGUUGGCUGAUGGAAGUUUGCAAGCAGCUAUUGAGAAAGCAAGACCAGAAAUAGUCACCAACGUCGAUGUUGAAGUUAUAGAGUUGAGAAAGAGUCUGGCUGUGGUACAUGAAGAUUCUGUCGAAGCAACCGUCGAGAAACUAUAUAAGAGUGGUCACACUGGCGAGCAAGAAAUCGAUUUUGUCCCUAAGUUCGAGGAGGAAAAUGUUACGGAAAUUGCGGACACAUUUGCAGAGGUUGGAACUCAGACCAAACUCGAUUCUUUUGAUUUCGCGAUGAAUAUGUUUAAAGAAAUGAUGGAACAGAGCGAGAGGAACCAGAAGAGAAGACACCGUGAAAAUGAAGAGAGUCAAGAAAGAAGAUAUCAAGAAUUACGCGCCAUGAUCACGAAACAGAGGGAUGUGGAUCCCGAAGUCUGCGGAUCUAACAGUCCAGAGAUUAAUACCCGCGAAAGCUUUAGUAAAUCUUUCGAUAAGAACAAAGAGAGGGAAUGUUGUGGUGUUGACAACGAUAGCCAUUCCGUCACCCACAAUCCUAACAUCUUUGCUGGAAUAGAUGACAAGACACUGGAGUUGGGUGACCGUUCUCUCAACAAAUUUGCCGAUAGUAUUGAUUUGUUGAUCUCUUCGCUUGAGAAAACUAGUCUCCAGCAUUCAUACGAAAUGAACGAAUCUGGGUAUAUCAAUCCGGAUCACUCACGCUGGUUCAGAUAUCAACAAACCUCGACUGGUCAACACGUUGAAUUAUGUCAGCUCGUACCACAGGUUGUGCAAAGAUAUCCUAUACGAAGAAAAAAAACAGCAAUAGCUCGGCUCAAUGUAAAUGGUCUUCAUCGAUGUACCGCAGCUAGUGGCUGGGAUCAGCCUUUCCAAAACAACGAUAUCAUAUCGAAUCUGGCCUGGACAUUACAAGUGGAAGAACUUUGCAGGAUCAUCAAUCAUAAACUCCCUCAUCGAAAAGAUCUGGAUAAUGGAUUUCCCAGCAGGUAUCAUGCAUGUCAUGCGGAAAAACAAUUGAUUGCUUGGUAUCUUUGCGAAAAUAUAUUCGCAGGAUAUCAAGUAAACAUGCAACUACCAGAUGCUUUUCCCUACCGAGAGACCAAAGCUUCAGUCCCACGAAGUAUUCUUAUAGUCGUCAGUCGAAAGAUAUGCAAAGAUUGUGAGGAGUUUAUUGAGAAGGUCAAAGAGCACUUUGAGAUUUCCGAUCACUUUCACGUGGAAUCUCGAGUACAUCUUGAGGAUGUAUUCAAUAGGGAGAAGGCUAGCAAGUUGGUCGAAAGUUUCAACAAAUCGAAAGCCUAUUGAGUUUAGCAUGUUCCUUGGAUGGGCGAUGAAGCAAAUAUGUGGUGAGACUGCUGGAAAGCCUUACGUUCUGGGAUGUGCGUUACGGCGUCAGCCAAUCCGAGUAGUUGGUCAAACAUCCCAUGAUUUUCUUCCAAGUUCCAUGGAAGAAAUUCAAUCAAUAAUAGACCCCGAGGCACUCAAUUAGGCAUUUUCGAUCAAGGCAAAAUAUAAGGCUGACUGAAAAAUCGCCCACACAUCA